UUUCCCGGUCGAUCCUCUGCUGCAUUUACCGGGGGCUCCAGCUGUUCCCCCGAUUCCGGGCGAUGGAGCGUGGGAAAGCCACGUGACUCGGCUCGCUAGCGUGCCCACCCAGCGCAUUCAGCAUCAUGGCUGCGGAUGAUGCGGCUGCUCGCCCCGCGAUCCGCAUCCUUCAGCCGCGCUCCCUGCCCUUGCUCCUGAUUUUCCCCAGCGCGGCACUCGGCUUACUGGGCUUUCGCCCGGAGGACACCGGAGGGGGGCUGUCCGUGGAGGACGGGGUGCUGAAAGCGACCGAGGGGACGCGGUUUAUGCUGCGUGUGUACUACUCGGUGUCCCCCCAGAGGCUGAACAGGACCCUUAGCGGUCGAGCCAAUGCGGCCACUGCACCGUGGAUCGCGUUCAUCGAGGAGCCUAGCCCGGGCAGAGAGGGGCAGGUCCACCCGAAACGGAACCUCUGCGUGGACAAAACAGCUCGGACCUCCGACAUAGAGGUGCUGGGAUCCUUCAAGUCCGCCUCCAGCCAGAAUUCCGUCCUGGUGGAGCUGCUCGCCAAAGAACUGCGCAGAGGUGAGAAAAUAAAAUACUACUCAAUGUGUGCAUUUGACGGCACCAAAUGGGAGCACUUUAGGACUAAAGAUUUCUGGCUGGCCGUCGUGGAGCGCUCCCCGGAAGCCGACCUCUGGCUUCAGGUGCUGAUCUCGGUGCUGCUGCUGGCGCUUUCCGCGCUCUUUAGUGGGCUGAACUUGAGUCUGCUCGCGCUGGACCCCGUGGAGCUCCAAGUGCUGCAGAACAGCGGCACGGACAAGGAGCAGAAGUACGCGAAGAAGAUCGAAUCGGUGCGAAAGCACGGAAACUACGUGCUCUGCACGCUCCUCCUGGGCAACGCGCUUAUCAACACCUGUUUGGCGGUUUGGAUGUGUCAGAUUCUGGGCAUGACUUGGUUAUCUACCGCCAUAUGCACGUUCGUCAUAUUCUUCAUCGGCGAGAUCCUUCCGCACUCCGUGGCCUCCCGACAUGGGCUGGCGAUCGCCUCCAAAACCAUCUGGGUGACUCGGCUGCUAAUGGUAAUUUCCUUCCCCAUCUCCUACCCGAUCAGCAAGCUACUAGACAUCAUCCUGCACCAGGAAAUAAGCAACUUUUACACGCGCGAAAAGUUGCUGGAGAUGCUGCGGGUGACCGACCCGUAUCACGACUUGGUGAAGGAGGAGCUGAACAUAAUCCAGGGAGCCCUGGAGCUCAGGACCAAGACGGUGGAGGACGUGCUGACACCGCUGAACGACUGCUUUAUGCUGGCGUCCGACGCCGUGCUGGACUUCAACACCAUGUCGGAGAUCAUGCAGAGUGGCUACACGCGCAUUCCCGUGUACGAGAACGAGCGCUCGUCCAUCGUGGACAUCCUGUUCGUCAAGGACCUGGCCUUCGUGGACCCUGACGACUGCACCCCCCUGAAGACCAUCACGCAGUUUUACAAGCACCCCAUGCACUGCGUCUUUAACGACACCAAGCUGGACACUAUGCUGGAGGAAUUCAAGAAAGGAAAAUCUCACCUGGCCAUCGUGCAGCGGGUCAACAACGAAGGCGAGGGGGACCCCUUCUACGAAGUGAUGGGCAUCAUCACCCUGGAGGACGUCAUCGAGGAGAUCAUCAAAUCCGAGAUCCUGGAUGAGACGGACCUGUACACCGACAACCGGACCAAGCGGAGAGUGUCACACCACGAGAGGAAGCAGCAGGACUUCUCCAUAUUCAAGCUGUCGGAGAACGAGAUGAAGGUGAAGAUCUCUCCGCAGCUCCUUCUGGCCACCCACCGCUUCCUGUCCACAGAGGUGGAGCCCUUUAAGGUGGCCUAUCUGUCUGAGAAGAUACUCCUGCGUCUGCUGAAGCAUCCCAGUGUGGUGCAGGAGCUCAAGUUCGACGAGAAGAACAAGCGGGCGCCGCAGCACUUCCUGUUCCAACGCAACAAGCCCGUGGACUACUUCAUCCUAGUGCUACAGGGUCGCGUGGAGGUGGAGUUCGGCAAGGAGGCCCUGCGCUUCGAGAAUGGGGCGUUCGCAUACUACGGCGUACCCGCCAUCACGCCGACGCUCUCCACAGUCCACAGGUCCCCCUCCCGCAGCAGUGGACUCAACCGCUCCGACUCCAUGAUAUAUGGUGGCAGCAGCGGGCAGCUGAACUGCAGCUCGGGGGCCUACCUGCCCGACUACACCGUGCGGCAGCUCACCGACCUGCAGAUCAUCAAGAUCACCCGUAGCCACUACCAGAACGCCCUGACUGCAACGCGGAUGGACAGCUCACCGCAGACGCCGGACAUGGACGCCCACAUGAACGGGGGCAGCACGCCGGCGCAGACGCCCGCCCCCACCCCUGAGACCCCCGCCCCGGACGGCAGCCCCGGGCAUCUGCCCGUGCCCCGGGAGCUCCGCCCCUGCUCAGGCCGCGCCCGCCAGCAUCAGGCCGUCAUCCCACACAGCACCACGGUUCUCAACGAGAAGAACCGCAUCGUCCGCAGCAAGUCAGACGGCCAGAAGAGCCCCAGUGACUCAGUGUUCCUGCGGAUGGAUGAGAUUCCUUACAUCCGGGAAGACCGUUCCGAGAGCGAAGAGCAAAAUGAACCCGCCAUCGUUCCCGUGGAGACGGACCUCGACGCAUCGCCCUUCAUCAGCACCUUGUCGCUUAGCGGCUCGGAGGAAACGCUGGGGAAGAAGCUACUGCUCAAACUGAGCAACAAGAAGCGGAAAAAGUCUCGUGAUGGAGACAAGACUCCAGAGGACAACCGAGAACAACCUCUGGUGAAAUCCUAGCAAUAUGCCUGGCUGGGGAAAGUGGGGGCCCUAGAUUAAUUAUUUAUGUGUUGGAAUGCUACCUGUGCCGAUUUUCAUUGGCUGGCCAAUCAAAGAACAGCAGGUGUGAAAAACCUCACCCUCAAAAUCCCUCAUAAAGGUCCCAGCUUGGGAUGCACUUAUUGACUCAAUCUGGUGGCUGCAUCAUGACCUCCAGCCCCUAGGGGAGCUCUAGCCCCUAGGGGAGCUCUCAGUCAGCAUCCACGGGACAGAGACAUUUACAAAAGAAGUCUAAUCUUGUGAGAAGGCCUUGUCACUGAGCCCAUCUUUCGGUGUUACGGGUGUUACAACUGGAGAUGUACUGAAAGCUUUUAAGUGUAGAUUCUGAUUUAAAGUGAACACAGCCAUCAGCGGAGCAGGGAGCAAUUUUAGCAGGAUAUAUAAUGAAAGUUAUUGGUUACCAUGUCAACCUACAGAACCUCAUCCACACUAUUACCAAACACACAGUAUUACUAGUUUCACACAAGAGGUAUUAACAUUAUUGCACUGUCUACUCAUUUUGCAAUGGAGCUCAAUAUUACCUAUGCCUAGACAGUCAGGAUCAUCUUUAGCCAGCCAGUGUUUGUCACUGUGUGUCACAAGAGUCCAUUUUGUACCCUAUUGGAAACACACGCACGGAUGAAUGAAAUUCGAAGGGCAAGCCACUCUUUGCAGGAACUGUGGAAAUUGGAGGGAUCUUCACCGUUGCCCUGUUUACGUGCAGCAGGAUCUGCUCUGGAUCGGACCUACGGUGCACGUUGCAAUUGAUGGUCGCUUUGGUCUCAGGAAUCACCUGAGCCACCAGCCACCUGCACGCACCAUGAAUAGAUCAUUUGGUGUGGAGUCGAAGGAGGGAUCGAUGAGAACUGGAUCGCCACGGUAACCAAGGUUGUCACUAAAACCCUGUCAUUGUGGAGAGGAGAACUGAACAGGUGCUGACAAAUGAGCCCUACUGCCCGACGGUCACCAGUAAGGCUCCCACUGUAACCACAGGGGGAGGGGCUAUGGACAGAUCAGCAGUGGAGAUUCCUGCAGGCUACAGGCUGUCAUAAGUCCAAUCUCAAGAUGAGCCGCACGAAGGGAAUAAGGAGGGGAGGGGUCGACUCAACAAGACUUGAUGUGAAUAUGAGCAUAAUUUCAUUUUAUAUUUUCCUAGAAGAGUCAUUUGCAGAGGAUCCCACAGAAGGGGUAUCUAGAUAUUAAAACGGUUGCUAUAAAACAGUUCAUUUAAAAGACUAAAGUAUAAUGGUAUAAUCUAAACACAGAAAUGCACCAGGCACUGGAUCCUGCAACCACUGGUACAGUAUAUCGCUAAAGGGUACUCUGACUUUGAAGCUCUUAGAAGAGGAUGGGAAGUCAGAGGAGAGGGAUCGACCUACAUGAUGUGACCAGGAUCUUUGAAUAUAACUGCUCUCUGAUGAACCAUCCAUGACGAUCCCAUCGCAUUUCAACUGUAAACAAUCAGACCUACUGCCUCAGUGCUGUCCAGCCAGGAGAGAGCAAAUGUUUCGGCAUCGCGGUUAUUUUUAGUUACAAGCAUGUAUUACUGCAACCUGUCCUUGUUUAGUCAGGACCCAAGUUCACUCUUGAUUAUAAGAUGUUGAUGCUAACGCCUCCUGGUGGUCUGGAGGUCUACCAGCACGUAUUACUGAAGGUGAGGCAUCUUGGUUGUAUUGCAAGGAAUUCGAGAAAGUGGAAGAUGCCUUUUUAGUCAUCCAGAAAGUUAUCAGUCGACCACUACCAAGUAGCUUUUGAGAAAAAUGCAAGGGUUUGAGGAUUUUGGUCAGGGAAACUAGUUUUGUAUUUUCCAUGGGUUGCACAAGCUGUCUUUCACUUGGAUUUGCGAAAUCGCAUGGUGCGUUACCCGCCUACCCAACGAAAGCUGGAUAAACACACAACCAGAGCCAAAGAUUUCAGUACCUUUGACAUCAGUCCAAACGUGAAGAAUUGGCAACGGACAGAGCAAUUAAAAAAACGCGGGGAUUCUGGCAGCGAGGCCUGGAUUUCACACAAGUUCAGAGCUCCUCGUUUUAAGGAUUCCAUCUCAUGCCAUAAGGAAGGGAUAUGCCUGCUCUAGAGUUACGAGAAUCACGGGCGAGUUAAAUAUGCUUCUAUUUCUGCAUGUUUGGGUUAAAAAAAGAGCAUGACGUUAGACUCCACCAAUCUGCCAGAGGUACAGGGUCCGUAGUGAGGAUGUAGGGAAUGAAGCCGGGAGAAUUAAAACUCCAAGACGUUAGAACGGUCUGACAUUUCUGCUACUCAGAUCUUACUUAAGGAGCUGGCUCAGUCCUCUCGCUAUAAUCAGGGUGCUUACAAACCACGCAGACACACACAAAGGCUUCAGGUAACAUUCCUGAAGCCUUUAAACGUCUGCAUUGCCAUGCAGGCCAAGGCAGUGGUCAUUUGCUUUUUCAACGUCGAAGACUGUGCAUGCUCUGUUUCAGGGUAGGAUGGAUAGUUUUACCUACUAAUCCUCUGGCUUGUUGGGGUAAGGUUUUAUGUGAUGUUUACGGGGUGGGGUGGGGGGGGGGUGUGUGGAUUUGUUAUUCACUCUCGUUAGAGCAAGAAUCCUGUCAGAGGUGGCGUCACACUCAGGUCAUACGGAGACCUUUCCUAUGUCUGCCGUACAGUUGAUACAGUAGUACACAGGCAGAGCGAACCUCUUCACUGACAGAGAGCAUGGUGUUGAAGAAGCCAGUCAGCUGGGGGUCAGGAGCCAAAGGGUCAAAGGUCACAGCAACUGUCCUGGUGCUGAGGUGACAUGACAGGUGGGCUUGGGGAUCAAUGACUAAAAAGCGCUCCAACUAUACUUGGAUUCUUCCUGCUUUGGGGAGCUGUUAUGGAAUGCAAACUUCAGCAGCCCCCCAAAGCACCUUGAAUGGGUCACCAGCAACUAGUUUAUAACUGAAACCGCAUCCAGACUGACUGAGACCCGGCUAGCAGCACCUGAGAGCUCUAGGGAGUGACAGCAGAGACGAGCGAAGCUACAGAUUUUAUUUUUUAAUUUAUUUUGCUUCUUUGCAGAGUUUACUACGGCUGUUCAGUAAAGAGGUUCGGCAAGAAUUAGAGAAAUAGAUUUUAUACCCAUAUAAGUUUUAAAAAGUAUAUAUAUAUAUGAUUUGUACAAGGGAGAAAGAUGAAUGAUUUAAUGUAUGGAGUUUGUGGUUUCACAAGAUAUUUAAGGGAACCAAAAUGUAAUUUUACAAGGAGAUGUAUUAUGGAUCUAAGCAGUAAAGACUUUCAAAACGGUG